CACACAUACACAUGGGAUAAGGAAACGCGUUCCGUCAACAUUCUGCCCCAGCCACCCUUCUUCGCCGGCGUCGUCCACGAACCCUCGCCGUCAUCGGUAAUUGUUUUGAUGGAAGGAAAUCGAGCGAUAAAUCGCGUCCCAUUCUAUAGCCGCGAUAGAAUACAUUGUGAGUUUAUUGUGGUGUGUUAGCAACGCACAGUUGAGAUUGUUUAGCAAAAAAAAACAAUGGAAAUCCGUAACCAGAAAAGAAAAACUGGACCUUUUUUCUCCGGUGUGUUAUAUGGUCACCGCGCCGAAGAAGUGACCACCGUGCGUAUAUAUGAAUGUGUGCGUGUGUGAAGCGAAGAAGCAGUGUGUAGGAUUUGUCAAAGCGCAUCAUUUGUUCUCGCCCGCAACACUUCGAGUCCAAAAUCAUAAGACGUAAAAAAAGAUCCCGGAAAAUCCGGCAAUCUUUCGCGGCCGUCGGCCGAAUAAUCGAAGGAUGCAGCUGUUUUCGCCCGAGUGCCACCGUACAGUGGCCGGAGAUAGCUACAGAAUAUAUGAAAUGAUCGAUGCAGCACAUGGUAUUGACCUGGACUGAUAGCCCAAGCGACGAACGCGAAUUACAGCGACACAUUACGCAGAGAACAUGAUUGGACGUUGGUCAAAGGAACCAAGCUACAUUCUCGAUGGAUACUGCUUCUUCUCGGCAUACAGUCACAUUGACCGGUAUCAUCCGGGAACGGGAAUGAACAGUCAGCAAUACGGUUAAAAGGAAGAUGUGAAGUUCGUGCGCAAAACAUCGGAAGCAAACUAUGAGCAAUAUUUUAGAUAAUAACGUAACGUGUGUAACGUAUUAUUAGCAUUAGACCAGAGUGAUUUGUGUCGUCGCGUUGAUUAGUCAACCACCUGGGUAUCAGGCACUGAAGAAACCUCCAAGUGUAAGAGGGAAGCGAUGGAAAGCACCGCACAAUAUGCCCGGUUUUUGCUAAGUGUAAUGUGUAUAUCGAACGAUUAAGUGUGUACCGUUGUUAAAAUAUCGAUCGAAAAGACGUGUGCGGGUAUGUGUUAGAGCGAUGGAGCAGCGUGUGAUAAAUAGUCUCCUGUUACGGUGCGUUUGUGGUGCUUAAAGUCAGCUAAUCCGCGAGCAAAAGUGUGUUGACAAAGCGAGAAGACAUAGACACACGCACAUAUAGCAACCGUGAAAAGAAGCCGUGAGGGAUACAUCCUUUUCACCAAAAGGCGCCACACGGAAAGGAGGCAGCGCCGCACGUGGGACCUGUUUAGCUGUUUAGUAGUAGUACUAGUAGUAGUAUGACACACAAUCUGGGUAUGGCGUCGUAUCGGCUACCAGGACCCGGACUAUGUCCACCAGAUUUCAAAUCACCUUCGGAAUCGCCCCAGCUGCCAAUAUCCGCACCGAGCAAUCCGAAAAAGCGAAGGAAAACGUCCAACGUGGUGAACUCGAACGCGGUCACGUCGCAACCAACGCCGACACCUUCGCCCCAGGACCUGCUACCACCGCCACCGACCGGUUACGGUGACACGAUAGUGGCCUCGAAUCCGUUCGAUGAUACGCCCCCGCCAACACCUGCCUCGCACAUGGGCCAUAUGGGUCAUCCCCAUGGCGGUGGCCAUGGCCCGGGACCGGGCAUGAUGAGUCAUCUGGGUGGUGGUGCGAUGGGACACGGUGGCCCGAUGGGUCCGAUGAAUCAUAUGGGACCGAUGCAUGGUGGUGCACACCAUAUGGGACCGGGACCGAUGGGAGGCCAUCCCCAUGGGCCUCCACACGGUGGACCGAUGGGUGGCCCGGGUGGACCGCACGGUGGUGGUAUGGGUCCGCACGGUAUGGGACCGCAUGGUAUGGGACCACACGGACCUGGUCAUGGUUCUCCACAUCCGGGCAUGGGUCCGGGAGGACCACCGCACGGUCCGCCCGGUAUGGGUGGACCCGGGCAGGGUGGCCCACAGGGACCACCGAUGAGGGGCAUGAGCCCGAUGGGUAUGGGCAGCCCGAUGGGUCACCAUCAUCCCGGCAUGCACAUGAACUCCGGCAUGGGGCAGAUGGGCGGAAUGCCGCACGGGAUGCAGCGCGGUGGUAUGAGCCCCAUGGGGCCAAACAUGGGCCCAGGAGCGCAGAUGGGUGGCCUUAGUCCGAUGGGUGGCGCCAUGAACCAGAGCAUGUCGCCGAUGGGUCCGAUGGGUGGUAUGUCGCCGAUGAGCCAGCAGCAGCAACAGCAACAGCAGCAGCAGAUGAACAGCAAAUCCGUAGGAAGUCCACUGAGUGCCGGCAACAUUGGCAGUCCAAUGAACUCUGUGCCCGGUAUGGGGUCGCCGCAUGCGGCCGGUGGUGGCAGUGGGGGUGGUAUGUUAGGCAGUCCGAUGAACACAAGCGGUGGCCACAUGAACAAUGGUCCGAUGGGUCCACCAAUGAACAGCCCGCUCGGAAACGGACCACCGAACCAUGUGCCACUCGGUCCGAACUCGGCCGGCCACAGUCAAACGCCACAACCGGUGUCCGCUGCGAACGUAACGGUCGGUGGUCAGACAUCGCCGAACGUGGUGAUGAGUGGUGGACCGGGUGGUGUCAAUGCGGUCGGCAUGAACAGUAGUAAUAGUAGGAUGAACUUACCGAAUGGUGCAAUGACAAAUCAGCAAUCAGGGAACUUAAAUCAAUUACCUCAUCAACUCGGACCCAUGGGUGCGAAUCAGCAGCAGCAGGGCGUAGGUCCACAGGGUGGUGGCCCGCAGCAGAACAGUAGUCAAGGCCCUAGUAAUCAACCCGGUGGCAACCAGGGACCCUCGUCUCAGGGUGGUCCACCGGGCAGUCAGUCAUCACAACAGUCACAACCGCUACAGCCUCAUCCACCGCCACACGGCCAGCAUCAGCAACUGCCACUACCCCAACAGUCACCUCAUGCUCAACAUAAUCCAGGCGGACCGGGCAGUGGAGGCCCCGGUCCUGGUCCUGGGCAGCAGCAGAUGAACCAAAUGGUUGGCCCGGGUGGUGUACCACCGAUGGGCAACAGUAUGGGUGGACCCAUGGGUGGUGGUGGCGGAGGAAUGAUGGGCCCCGGCGGCCCCGGUGGUCCGGCGAACUCCAUGGGUGGUAUGAAUCAUCACCCGCACCAUCAUCAUCAUCACGCGGGCAAUCAUCAACAGGCGGGCGGCAAUCCCCAUAUGGGUUCGGGCAUGGGUGCGAACAACAUGCACCAUCAUAUGGGUGGAGCGGGUGGAGGAGGAGGAGGAGGUGGAGGCGGUAUAAUGCCACCGCACGCCAACAUGCCACCGGGUGGCGGACAUAGGCCCCCAAUGCACGGUGGCGGAAUGGGUGGUGGCAGUGGGCCGGGCGGUAUGGGCCCGGGUGGCAUGAUGGGUGGACCGCCGAUGGGAGGACCGAUGGGUGGCCAUAUGGGUGGAGGAGGAGGAAUGGGCGGUGGUGGAAUGGUUGGCGGCAGUCCUAUGCAAUCCCCGCACAUGAUGGGUGCCGGUGGACCCGGUGGUCCGAUGGGCGGUGGACCCAUGGGUGGUGGACCGAUGGGUGGGCCGAUGGGUGGACUAGGGCCUCCGGGAAAUGGUCCUAACGGGCCGAACCAUCACCACCAUAUGGGUAUGUUCGGACCGAAGCCCAUGCCAGUGACGUCCGGGAAGCUGUACCCGCCCGACCAGUCGAAGGUAUUCAACCCACAGAACCCGAACGCCCCGCCAAUCUAUCCCUGUGGAGGAUGCCAUAAAGAAGUGCACGACAAUGACCAGGGUAUCCUUUGUGAAUCGGGCUGUAAUUUUUGGUUUCAUCGGACGUGCAGUGGACUGACGGAGGCGGCCUUCAACCUAAUACACGCGGAAGUGUACGCCGAAUGGUGCUGCGACAAGUGUCUCAACUCCAAAAACAUACCGCUGGUUAAGUUCAAACCGUAGUAGAAGCGAGCCCGUAGCUCGACCGGACGCUGCACCAAUCAGCAGAGGGCCUGAGCCACGUCAACUACUACUUCAUCAUACAACCACUUCCCUCCCCUUUGUCGCUCUCCAAUUAUUCCACUAGUGGUAGAGAGGAAUGUAAGUGUAAAUGUGAGUGGAAUAUGCGAUGGAGAUCCGGGGAGGGUGGAUUGAAUUGGAAUGAGGAUGUGUGCGUAUCGCGGCCAUCGCGAGUGUGUGCUGAUCUUUAAAGACUGGACCUAAACGGCGUUAUAGUUGACUAGGGAAAGAGGAACACAAUCUCCCUCUGAUAUAGGAGCGCACCAGCAUAGUCUGUGUUUCAAUUGCCGGUUCAUAAGUUUAUGUGAGAUUUCUUGUAGAUAAUUUUAGAAGAGGUUUUUCGUUUUUAUUUAGUUGACGACGAUCAUGAUGAUAAUCGAUCAUGUUCACGACGAGGUGUUAAAUUGAAUGGAUAGGUAACGAGCGAAUGAUCGUUGGUUUUGUUUUUGGUUUCGUUCGUUAAUCGUUUGACUGAGUCAUUUGGUGCGGCAUUGAGGUAUGAGAUUUCUGUUCUUCUGGACUGAUACCCUCCAUUAGCGCUAAACGCACGGCCAUACCCUCCUAUAGAUGGCUUAAAGGAUGCACCUGGGCACACACACACCCACACAUCCUCCCAAUUGAUGUUGUAACCGUUAGGUCGCGUUAUAGCUUUUGAGUGAGAUUGACAAUUGUACAGACAACAAACAAACAAAAAAACAACACAGAACAGACAGAAGGGAUGAAUGAGGCGAUUAGUACAGACACAAACACGAAUCGAGCCACAACGAUAGAGCCCACCCGUUGCUCCCCAUUUGGCGUGUAUUUUGGAUAGUGUCGUGUUACCUUGGGAUGUGUACAGAAGAAAAAAAUUGGACUAGGUAUAUACAUCGGGUGGGGAAACCCUCCCCCCGGCUUUAGUUGAAACAAACAAACAAAAACCGCUAGCCAAGAGAUUUACGUAGUAAAGAAAGAGAAAGAGAGGAUAAAAAGGAAUGCGUGCUUGUGUGUAAAAGAAGUAAUAAAUGAAAUCAAAAAUGGCCUUCUCAAAUAUAUUGCAAAUAUUAUAUAAUGAUUAUACAUAAAUACAUAUAAUUUAAUUGUAGCAGCUGUAGGGAAUGAGAUAAGAUAAAGAGACAAAGUAGUAGCAAGAAAGAGAGAAAAAUACACACAAACACAAAAAAACACAGAGAUAAGAUAGUUAAAGAGCGCUCCCACCCGGGAAUGUGGUCUGAGGGUGUGUGGGCAACAACACUGGUGCGGGGAAAGAGUUAAUGCAUCGUCUGUAGUGUUGCAUUUGGUAGCUAACGCUCACCGGUGGGGAUACCACUGAUAAACAGGAACCCCCCACCCCAAAACACACACACACAUAGAAUGGUAGGUUAGGAAGGUCCACAGUGGAGGAGAUGAGGUGCGCCACAGAACUCGGCUGAGUGUGAGAAAACGAACUAAAAUUAAAGGCAAAACACGUUUUAACAGAUAAGUUUAAGUAAAAAAUAUUUAAAUUAUUUAAAUGCAAACACACUCUGCGCUCUAGCAAAACACAUACACACACAAGCAGCAAAGGAGCAGCAAAGAGGAUGAUCGAAUGGAAUGAAUGGGUGUGUGUUAGGACACGUGGUGGAUGAAAGUGACCGGGUUAAGAAAAUACGAAUGGAUGCGAACAUUAAAUACUUCUUUCGUCUCAAUGCGACAAGGAUGUGUAUUGGAACUCUCGUUGUACGAUAAGACAGUGUCGUGUGCAAGGAGAACGAUAGGAAAGGAACAGGAGCGUAGCUAAGGGUAUGUAAAUUGAACCUCGAGUACAUUUGUGCUGGUUAUGUUUGACACACAACAAAUACACUCACACACCAACACGACGUUACUUUGCGUUACGGAUCAGUUUGUACUUUUAAAUGGAGUUCAGUAGCAAAAAGUAGUAGCAAUCUUACCAUUUCUUUCUCUCACUCUUGGGAAUUGCGUUCCAAAUCUAAACUCCGAUGGCAGACUUAAAUAAGAAAAGGAAAAAAAACACACACCCAAUACAGAAGAUCACCGCAGUACUUCUAACUUACGAACUGACAUCAACGGAAAUGGGCAGCAUGAUCGGUAGCUACCGGAGUAUUAGUAGGCUUUGAUUAUGCGGAAAAGGAAGGCAAAUGCAUGUGAUAGUAGAGUGCGAGAGAAAAUGGACGUUAAGCAUUACUAGGAUUGAAAUUUUCCGUCGAUGCUCAUUCCCGUUGAUAAAGUCAGAUUCAGCACUGUACUUCCGCAUAAAAUGGUGAACAUUGUUUUCUAUGUAAUCUGAACACCUGAAUAGUCAGCAGGUGAUUAAGGUAAAGUCAUUUUGUUUCUUUUGCGGCCAGAUAAACUUGUCGAAUGUCCGGAUAACAGUUGCGAUGCAGGGCUAGAUGCGCAACUGUUCGGUGCUACAACCUGGUGCUUCUUAUGUUGCUCGUUGUUCUUAGUUGCCAAGCCAGUCGCAAUAGCAAAGUCUAGGGGAAACUUAUUAGUUGACAAAUGUCAGUCGUAAAAUUUAGUAAAGAAUAAUCAAAUGGACCGCAUUUCCCUGUCGUGACCGUAAUCCAUCUAUGCUACGGGUAAUUCAAGUCGCGACAUUCCCCAUCAAUGGGUGAGGACGCCCAUGAUCAUUUGUGACUAUAGAAAUUGGAUAAUCCCAUCACCAUGACGCACCCUGUAAGAACAUUUAUCGUUUCCUUAUAGGGCUCACCGUUAAGAUAUGCGAAGAAGGAAAUGGAAACAGUGGAUGAGUCGAUCCUUGAGAGGUUUUUUUCGGAAACAAUUCUAUUUAAUUGCUACUUUUUUUGAGACACAGUGCAAAACAGUAAAAAGACUAAAUAAAGCAAAAGAGCAGAGAGAAAGAUUGAAAGUAGAGAUGAAGCAGAACUCACAUACAAACGCAAACACACAUUGCAUAACACAGAACAAACCGAAAAGUGAAACAAAAGAUUGUUCAAUUUACCGUGUACAUAUAGAUGCUAAUGAUUAU